GCAAGACACCGAGGGGGCAGGGGGACAGCCAGGAAGCUCAGCAAGAGGAUCUACAAUUUUUUUGUGUAACACAGAGAGAAAAAAAAGCUGACUUAUAAAAAGAUUUGACAAAUGACGAAGAGCAGGAAAAUGUGAUGGUGUGAAAGUUCAGGCAGUGCUGGAAACUUUCAGAGGAUUAGUAAAACUGAAGAGGAAGGGAGGACGCACAUAAAGGACGACCACACCGACUCACUGUCUCUGUUCAGGGAUCGCAGCACGAGAGGGCAAUAAUGGAGCUGCCAAUGACACUUCCUGUAUUCCUACUUCUCAUGUCCCUCAGUGUUGUCUGGGCAUGUCCGGAUGGAUGCCAAUGUAAAGAAAGCACGGUCCAAUGUUUUGGCCUGUCAGACUUCCCCAUGCCGCUGCCGUCAUCUGCCACCAAACUCUAUUUCACAACAUGCCGUUUUAACUCUCUGGAGCCAGAACACAUGACGAAUUCGUUGGAUGUGUUGCUGAUUAAAAAUUCUCUUUUGAGGGAAGUGCGCCCUGGCACAUUUGAUUCAACACCACAUAUCGGGUCCUUAGUGUUAACUGGUACCCAACUGCAGGAUCUGCCAGAAGCCUUGUUGAAAAAUCUGCAGAAACUUGAGACUCUGACACUAAGUAUCAACAAGCUCUUAGUACUUCGCCCUCAGUGGUUUUCCCUGUUGACCGAGCUUAGAAGACUUGACCUUAGUAAGAAUAUUUUCACUGCAGUACCUGUGGAAACUUUUCAUCCACUGAAACAGUUGAGCUACCUUUCCCUUUCUGGUAACAAAAUUAGUCAGCUAUCUAGAGAAACCUUUAAGGGUCUUUCUCAGAUUAUAACUUUACGCCUUAAUAAAAACAUGCUACAUGAGCUUCAAGUUGGUACUUUGGAUGACCUUGUAAACCUGGGAGAGCUGUCACUACAAGACAAUCAAAUCACUCACCUCCACCGUGACCUGUUCUCCAAGACUCCAAAACUCCAGAAGCUGUUUCUCUCCAACAACAAGCUCACAUCUCUCCCAGAAGGGAUCUUCCUAAACUUGCCAAAUCUUUCCCAGAUCUCCCUGUAUGAAAACCAGCUGGAGACUCUGGGUCCAAGGGUGUUUGGGCCCAUGGCCCUUCAAGAGUUGUGGCUGUAUGACAACAAGCUGAGUCGUGUGGAAGAUGACACGUUCAGGAACCUGACUCAGUUACGCCUCCUGGUCCUCAGUCGUAACCGGAUUAGUUAUGUAUCCACCAGUGCAUUUAGAGGAUUGGAACAGCUGGGAGAGGUAUCCCUGCACACCAAUCUGAUCACGACCCUGCAAGCUGGGACUUUCCAGGUGCUACCUAAACUGGUCAACAUUUCUCUGGAACAUAACUUCAUCAAGUUCCUCCCACAUGGUUUCCUUCAGGGUCUGACCCACCUGGGACAGAUAGACCUGCGAAACAAUUCCCUCCCUAACCUACCACAGGAGAGUUUAGACGCCCUCACUGCAUCAAAGGAAGUACUCCUUCAGCAAAAUCCCUGGAGGUGUGACAAGGAUAUUCUGCCACUUAGGGACUGGUUGAAGCAGCACCCAUCAAAGACCAACCAAAGCCUUGUGCUCUGUGACACUCCUUCCAGUCUGAAUGGCGAGAUGAUUGCUUUGCUGGCAGAUGAGAACCUGGUAUCUCUCAGCUCUACUCAGGAGCCCGUGCUGACCUCAACAGAGAAAAGGAGGAGGCCACACACACCUCCAGCCAAAAGAAGCACUCCCUCACCUGCUGUCAAGACGACCCCCACCUCAGAGUAUGAAGAGGUAACCAGCAGUGGACAAGGGAAUAAUGGAACCAUUUCUCGUGAUAUUUCAAUCACCCUAAUUGUCAUCGCAGUAGUGUGCACUGUCAUCAUCAGCACUGUAAUUAUCAGCUGUAUUUGCUGGAGGAGAAAUAAGAGUGGCAAAGGGAAUAUAGGCCGCAGGAGUAAAAACUCUGUGCUGUAGACUGCAAUUCAGACAAAGCACACUAAGAACUUUUAAAGGGCGACUUUGAAAAGUUGGUAAUCGAGCCUCAAAGACACCAGAAAGUUCAUUAGCUUUCAGUUUUAUUCUUCAGAUUUACCCCUCAGUGUGUCUUCCUGACUGUGCUUCUUUGAAAAAAGAGAUGCCAUCUUAAAUACUAACUGUAACAACAAACGCCUUAACGACUUUUGGCCAACCUGGACAUAUUUGUGAACAUAAACUGAAACAUGCUUCGUUUGUUGUGUUAACCUCCCCACCGACUUUUUUUUCAUUAACAAUUGUUGCAGCUUGACAGCUGAUUUUGUGCUAACAACCCAACAUUUAGCAAACAGUUGAACUUCUUUGCAAAAGGGCUACAAUAGACAUACAAAAGAUGUAAUAUGGAGUUUACUAUACUACACAUCACGCUUCAACAGCCGGAAUAAAUGCAACACUUCUAGUGAGAGCAUGUGCACACUGUGUCUCUUAUUUACUGAGCUUCACUAGUCAUCCUAUGUUUGACAGGUCUGACAUUAUUUAUAUAAGUAUAUGGCAUUACAUUGUUUCAUGUUUGAAUUCUUGUUAUAAUGACUUUAAACACAUAUGAAAGUUUUCAGCAUGACACUGACAUAGUGGGUUGUACAUUUAAUAAAAUAUUUUAAAAAAAAGAA